AUGGGCCAACCACUCUGCCGACCACGCCAUUCAUGCUGGAAUUGCUGUUCCCUGGGGAAGGACCAGCAGAACGACGGUGACCUCGAGGACUACUAUGUGCCCCAGAGGUCAAUGCCAGAGUCGGAUUCACCAGGGAGCCAGCCAGACCCCAAGAAGAAGGGCUCACGGUGGAAAGUCUGGAAAAGAAGGAGGGCUCGAGUAAGCCAGGUGUUCGAUGCAGGUGUCUCUCAAGCUUCCCCACGGGAGCUGAGCACCGUGCUGACCCAGCAGCCGUGCCAGCCCGACCACAGACAGCCCACCUCCAGGGGAAGCCUCAGCCAGGGGCACCAAGAGGAGACCCCGGAGUCAGCCUGUACGCCAGAGGACAACAUCAGGGCCUCUGCGUGCCUCAGAGAGGAGCUGCUGCCUACAGCACUGGACAUUCCCAUCACCUGCCAGUCCCGCCUGUCCCUGGGGGGUGCUGGCAGCCCCCUGGUCAGCAUUGCAGGCUGUACCGAGGAGGCAGCGGGCCACUGCCAGGAUGAGGACUCUGAGGCCACUUGGGAGCUCUUGUCCAGGCCCCCGGAACACGACUCCUCAGGCACGGACUCGGACUCGCUCCAGGAGUUCCAGACGCCGGAAGCUCUUUACUUGAGCAAGGACAAGGGGGAUGGGGCCAGCCCCGGCUGCCUGAAGGUGCAGACCACCCUGAUGAGUCCUCCACGCAGCAGUCCUGGAAGUAUGGAGCACGAGGAGGAGGAGGGACACCCAGAACGUCAGACAGGACAUCUGCUAAGUGCAAGAUAUGAGUUUGUCACUGUUUUGGGUGAAGGCACCUUUGGGCAGGUCAUGGAAUGCAUUGAUCACCAAGAGGACGGCAGGCAUGUGGCAGUGAAGUUUGUCAGAAAGGUCGACCCAGGCAGGGCAUACUAUGCAGAAGUCUCAAUGCUGUACUAUUUAAACUCACUGGACCCCAGCGGCACACAUCACUGCGUCCGAAUGCUGGACUGGUUCCAGCACCAGGGCCAUGUGUGUAUUGUUUUUGAGCUGCUGGGGCCCAGCACCUACAGCUUCAUUGCAGCAAAUGCCUUCCUGCCCUUCAGGAUGGACCACAUCAGACAGAUGGGCUACCAGGUCUGCGAGGCUGUCAGCUUUUUGCACAUCAACGGGCUGACACACACAGAUUUAAAACCGCAGAAUAUUUUACUUGUGAACUCUGAGUACACAGAGGAGUACAACACCAGCCUGAAACAAGUGGAGCGCAGACCCAAAGACCCAUCCAUCAAAGUGGCCGACUUUGGGAGUGUGAUAAGGGAUGACGAGCCUCACUGCCCUCUCAUCACUACAAGGCCCUACCGAGCUCCAGAAGUCAUCCUAGCCCUGGGAUGGUCACAGCCAUGCGAUGUCUGGAGUAUAGGCUGUAUCCUCCUUGAAUACUACCUCGGAUUCCCAGUGUUUGCGAUUACCCUCCAUGCCCAUGAAGAUCUAGAACACCUGGCAAGGAUGGAGAGAAUCCUGGGGCCUUUGCCAAGAGACAUGAUCGAGAAAACCAGGAGAGGCAAAUACUUCUCUAAUGGCCGGCUGGUGUGGGACCAACACAGCCUCGUUGGCAGAUACGUCUCACAGCACUGUAAGCCACUGAAGGCGUUCACGACCUGCAGCACUGAGGAACACUGCCACCUGUUUGACUUGAUAGAGAAGAUGCUGCAGUACGACCCAGCCGAGCGAAUUACCUUGCAGGAAGCCCUCAGACAUCCUUUUUUCUUCCCACUCCAACGGGAAAAAAGGGCAUCGCCUCUAAGAGCAGAGGGGGCUGAAAUGGGUGUCACUCCCCCAGAGA